CUGCCUGGCAGUAGGACUUUGACUUAAAGAGACGAGUCAUCUACUGUUGUUGCUCUCGCAUUUUAAGUGUUUUGGUUUGGUGUCUAUUCCUCCGUAGAAAAAUGGAACGCUGGGCAGGCCGUGUGGCAAUUGUGACAGGAGCAAGCUCCGGGAUCGGGGCGGCCAUCGCCAGGACGCUAGCCCUGAGCGCCAUGAAGGUGGUCGGAGUGGCCAGGAGGGAGGAGAGGGUCAAGGAAUUGGCAGCGGAAUUGCAAAAAGAAGGUGCCAAGGGCGAGAUAUUUCCAGUCCAAGGAGACGUCACCAACGAGACCGACAUUAAAAGAGUCAUGCAGUGGACCAAAGAAAAGCUCGGUGGUGCAGAUGUGCUCGUCAACAACGCGGGAGUCGCCCCCAGUUGCGUGCUGCACAGAUUUAGAACGGAAAACAUUCGAAAGAUCUACGAAACAAACGUCAUUGCGCUGGCCCUGUUCACCAGAGACUUUGUUCAAGACUUGAGGGCAAGGGGCGUCGACGAUGGGCACAUUUUUCACAUUAACAGUACAGCGGGGCAGUCGAUCAUUCACAACCGCGGGAUCUACCCAUACAGUGGUAGCAAGCAUGCUGUGACAGUGAUGACUGAAGGUCUGAGAAGGGAACUCGUGGAACUUGAGAGCAAAAUCAGAAUUACUAGUAUUAGCCCCGGUUUGGUGCGAACGGAAAUUCUCGAGGUUACUGGGUUAACUCCUGACAUUGCGAAACAAACGUAUGACACGCUGCCUUGCCUUGAGACUAAAGACAUUGCAGACGCUUUAGUUUACGCCCUUAGUACACCACCACAUGUUCAGAUCCACGAAAUCACCAUCCAUCCAACUGGAGAAGAUUUCCGAUCUUUGCUGUGAAGUUUUUAAAGCCUGCAUUCGUUUUGUUGUUAUUUUGAUAAAAUUAUAAAAAACCUACUGCGGCAAACAAA